AUGCCAUCCACCCUCCUAUUGGAGUGCAAUGGCAUUGCAGAUGCUCUUGUGAAGGCCAUCCGUAAUCCUGUAAGGCUGCAGUGGGACAUUGAUAGAUAUUGCGACAGCCUUUCGAUUCAGCCCACGGGGCAGAAUGAAGUCCUCGAGGCAGAACUGGAACGGAAGUGGCCUCCUCCAUUUGGUGAGAGUGAAAUACGCAUAGACCAGCCCGCCACCCUCGUGGACAUGCACGGACGCAUCUUGGCUUGGAUACUUCCAAGAGUGUUGAUACCAGACUGCCAGACGAAGAUGCUCCAAGCGACCAGGGCCCUACACCCAGCAAUAGCAGCCAGUAAGCCUUCCAGCACCACCGCCAGUUGGCGACACAAUCCAUUGUACUUCUUGCCUCCUGAGGAGUGUGCCCAAUUCCCAGCGGGCUCCUUGUGUCUCUCGCCAGGUUGGUUCCAACAACCUUUGCAGCAUAUGGAGUCUGGGAGGCUGGAGACCUCUGCCAGCCUGAAGCUUGAGGGCAGAAGCAGUUGGCUGCAUGAUAUUCAUGACUCCUCCACAUUGCUGGGUGCCAUCCUGGCCGUCGUUCACCCAACGCUAUAUGCUGCAGGACGCCAGUGCUUGGGUUUGAUCCAGCAAGACUCAGAAUUGCGAGAGAUGGCACUGAACUGGUCAUCGCCAUUCAAUGUGCUCCAGGUGAUUGCCAACCGGGAAACUCCUUUCCACCGAGAUAGCAAGACAAGAUACACGUUCUACGACCUGUUGGCGACGUUGGGCAACUACACUUGCGCGUGGUUGAAGUUCCCCGCCAUGCGUGUCGCCAUCGAUUAUAGUCCUGGAACCGUCAUAGCCUUCUGUGGAAAGGCGAUUCAUCAUGGUGUCACUCGAGCAGAUGGCGAAAGGCUCGUCUAUGCAUACUUCAUGCGAGAGGGUGUCCAGAACAGGCUAGGCAUUCCGGCGCCCCACUGGAUGGACAUCAUGCCAAAGACUGAUGGAGACGAGAACACUAUGCAGGGGAUGGAGACUGUCGAUGGCAGCUUCAUUGGUGGGACAAAGUUGGCGGAAGUGAUGGCGAAAUUACGAGUUGCAUGGUUGGCGGACCUCGAAGUUGGCGGAGGUGGUGGCAAAAUGUAUUCAGUCGAGAAGUUAUGCAACAAAAGCAGGCUCGUUGUAGACCUGGAUGACGAGGUUGAGUUUGUGACCAAGGUAGCUAAGCAGACCACUAGGGGAGUACGCUAUGUGGACGUACCUUUGCCCAUGCCCACGGGUUCAAACGUGCCAUCGCCUUCCAAAAGUCCAUCGAAGGCUCCAGCUUCAGGCUCCUUGUUUAACUUGGAUGAUGGCGACGUCCUGGGCAACAUAGGUGUGCUGAUUCAGCUGGAUCCGGUGGCUCGGAAGACAAAGACCCAGAAUGACUUCAUGAGGGACUGGAUACCCCACCGUGAUGACUAUCUUCAUGCCAUUAUCGAGAUGGAAGCCCCGCCUGAGCCCAGAAACUGUGCAGAAUGCAAGGUUGGCGAGGGACGGUGGCGAUGCCUGGACUCGUGCUCCUUUCCAUCGGAUAGAGCAUUGGCAGGAGAUCCCUGCCCUCUGGGCGCCUUCACAGCACAUAACAACCCUGCGCCGGUGGUGGCCCCGGGGUCCAAUUUCUGGAAUGCCUCCAAUGAAGACCUAAAUGCACAUGAUGGCAAGGUCUCAGAUGAUGGUGAGGUCCCAUUCAACUUUGCACCUCUGGCAGGCACCCUUGACGGUGAAGCAAGGCAAAUCGACGAUGCUCCCGAUCCCACUUGGGAGGAAGAUGUGCCACCGGUGCUCUCCCGGCCACCUCGCCGUGAUAGUUACGGGAAUCGGAUUAUAGUCAUUGUCGACAUCUCUGGCGUUCACCAUAUCAGCAUUGACUGGUGCCAGUGUGAGAUGGCAGUGGAGCGUGACAUGCAGCUUCUUCAAAUGGGACUUUACCCUGGUACCGUCAAGGAUCCCCAUACCGCCUUCACAUUCGCUGUCCUCGACGAUUUCCUUCUGGAGAACAAAGAGUGCAAGACGGCGGCAUUGAACUACUACAGCAAGCUCAAACGGGUCACGAGCAAUGCCUUCGCUGGCACCGUUCCUGACCGUUAUCGUGAGCUGAUGCGGGUGUCCCGCCAAUGGCGCCAACUCAAAUAUUGCAAGUGGCACGGCUUCUCACAUGAUGCCCUCCAUCCUGUGGAGAAGGGUGGCCUCGCCAUCUUUUGUCCCGCCUGUCCCCAGCCUGAGCUCAACCUGCCUUUUGAUUGGCAAGCGGAUCCAGUGCAGUGGAAGUUCAAAUGCGGCUUUGUCAUGGAUGGCAAUUUCAGUGCAGAGCACAUGAAGAUGAAGCACCCCGAGGAGGACGUCGCCCUCAGUGAUGGCCAGGCAUUCAUGGUCGGCCAAGAGGAUUACAAGGCUCAUCUGGCGGUGGCCAUGGAGUCCCAUCAGCGAUCCACUUGUCAUGAGCACCGCGCUGUCAAUCAGGCCAAUGUGGAUCGCGCCAACCUCGACGCCACAGGAAUCGGGGCCACUGCUUGCGCCAGACAUGGUUUCUUCGUCCCUCAUACUGUCGUCGAUUUCCAGAAGGGAGAAAGACAAAUGAAUAUGGAUUACUCUCUCAGCAAUGCACUCCUGACCCUCACCGGUAUCACCCUCGUCCUCGUCAUGUACGACAUCAUGUGCCAGUAUGGCGUCCAUGUCCGCAAACGUUUCCGCCACAGCGCCUAUCUGAGGAUGCCCUUCGAGCUCAAGAUAGACCAAGGCAUCGGCUUGUUUCAUGUGCACGGACACCAAGAUUGCUGCUUCCAACGGUUCUCGCCCAACUUUAUAGUUGGCGCUGGUAUGGUCGAUGGCGAGGUCAUCGAGACCCUGUGGGCGCCCACAAAUGAGGUCUCAGGCAGUACCAGGGGCAUGACCCGAGCUCACCGCCAAGAAGUCCUUGACGAUCACAUGAAUGACUCUAACUGGAAGAAGACGACUCGCAUGGUGCCAACCUUGAUGACAAAGUGGAAACGCGUGCUCCUGGGCUUCCCAAGAAGCAAGGAGUCCUUUGAAGCUUUAUCUGCAUCCACAGAUGAGGAGGUCCUUGAGGCAUGGCAGAAGGAGUACGACGACGCUAUGGAGGCUCGCCAAAAUGAUCCGAAGAUUAUGGACACCUUCGAUGUCCAGCUCAGGAAGGCCCCGGGUAAAGACCUCACCCAACUCAGACUGGCGGGCGAGGAGUCCGCCAAGGGCUUGGAGAAGGGCACCGCCGGAUGGUUGUCGACUGGCCUCAAAAUUCAAGAAGCACAGCUUAAGCUUGCGAAUGAUAUCCGCAAGGCGGGUCAAAAUCCGAGCAUGGCGGAGGACCUCAAGACUCUCGAGCGCCGUCAGCGCCUCGAAGUCAGCAUUCUCACAUUCCAACGUCGCUCUGAGAAGUUCAUGGGAAGGUUGGAGGAUGUUCCCGCCAUGGAAGAUCAUGACGAUGGUGCGCUCUGGGAUUCCUUGGAUGAGAAUCCUUUUCAAAUACACCCGGAGGACGCUGAGUAUGGCGAGGAUGCGAUUCCACCCGAGCAAGCUUCCUUGAAUUUACCUUCGCAGAUCGGAUUCGUGGCCGCCGUCACCAACAGGCUCCAGACUCUGGCGGCCCAAGAGUUGGAGUUGCGCAAAGGCCUGAUGAAUGACAUCCUCCACGAGCUUCGCAUGGCGCUUGGACUGAAGUCUUACCUCUACCGCAAGAGGGUUCGUCCUGCCAACAGCGUCAGAACCAUGACCCGUGCACAGGCAGAGGUUCAUGCUGCCGAUCAGACCGUCUUGGCCUGCACCAGGCUCUAUUCCGCCAACCGACACGCCAUUAUGCGCUUGGGCGCCACCGAUGAAGACUUGGCCCUCUAUCGCCCUUUGGAUAAGAAGGACCUGCACGUGAAGACUGCCGUCAUCGAGGCUAGCACCUCCGGGCUCAGGAACGUCAACCUGGCUUGGUUCUGGACCAUGGAUGUCGCUGGAGAUCGAGGUUCAUCAGAAUGGAUGGACGAGUUCUAUAGAGUGAAUUGGCUGCGUGCCAGAGCUCGAUAUGAGAGAUGGAGGGAGGAGCGUGUCUUGGUCCACUCGGAAAUGGCCUGGACCAUAGCCACCUUCAAGCGGAAUGCGGAACGAUGGGCUCACUGGCUCGAGAUGACGGAUCCUUCCUGGCGGGGUCAUGUUUGCUAUGCCGCCAGGCAAUCUUCAACAUCAGAUGCGCGCCCCUGCCUGUUCUCCAGAGGGAGGUUGCAGUUGGAAGUCUACACUUGGAGGAUCCAAGAAGCUGUUCUGGCACUGGAGCCUGACCCAGAUCACUUCACCAAGGUCCGUUGGGAGGAAGGCUUGCGCCGGGAGAUGUUCGCCGUCAGGGGUAUCUGUGGCGACCUCGCGUUGGCGGGUCAUGCUGACCAUAUUGACCAUGGCGGAGUUAUCGCCAGUGUCCUCACCGUCUGCACUUUCAAUCGUGAAGUUCUGCGCCCCAUCAGCAUUGACGUCAAGGCGAUUCCACGCCCCACCACCCUCGUUCCUCAUCCUAAGAACCUACUCGAGGAUUCACCCGACUACUGGUGGAAAUGGGAUCAUCAGGUUGGGCCGGCGGGGAGCCCUAUGGAGGCCUGGUGGUACAAACUUGGUGAUCCCUGGGAGAAGGUGUACACCGUCUCCGAGUCUACACUGGUGCAGCUUGAACAGCUGCAUGUUCGCGUCGCGAACCUCACUAGUUGGUUGCACGAGAGGACAGAUCAGAACCUGGAUGUGGUGCUGGAAGAGCUGCAGGAGGCGACGCGGCAGCUGCGUGAGUUAGGAAUGUAA